CGUCUCCGUCCCCUCUGCCCGCACACGCCGCCCCUCCACAGCCCCUGGCCGCACCACCAGCCGUGACGCUGCCUCGCCCCCCUCCAGCGCACGCUCUACCCUCGGCUUCACCAUCCCCUCUAUCCCGUCCAUGGCCAUGCCUCUUUCCGCCGCUCAUAAGCGCCACUCCACCACCACUUCUUCUUCCUUUUCAACCCUCUUUUCGUCCAACAGCAACAGCGUGCUCAAUCUGACGCCUCCUCCUCCCAUGCAGAAUCCGGAUUCUACUAACGCCGCAAGCACAAGUGCAAGCGCCUCUAAUGGCAACGGCAACGGCAACGGUCGGAGCGGGAACGGAAACGACGCACGCUCAACGGGCUCGUUUGGCAAGAUGGCGUUCAACUCGAUGAUGAGCGGCCUCUCGCUCUCCUCGCUCGCGCUCAACCGCUCCAUGAACGGCUCCAAAGACAAGGACAAAGAUAAAGAUAAAGACAAGGAUAAAGACUCGGCAGUGAUAGAUGGAGACGAGCAGCGCGGGCGCACCAAGCGCAAGCCCCGCGCGUCGUCCUUUGUCGGCAUGCCCCUGCGCUCUGCCAAGAGCCGCGAGUCGGGCAAGGACAAGGACAACAAUGGCGGGGCGAGAGACAGCGACGCCGCGUCGUUCAGCUCUGCCCGCGCGCGCUCGCAGUCCCCGUUCAGCCUGCGGCGCUUCCGCUCGCGCGAGCCCUCGCCCGCGCCGCUCCCGCUCGAGAACGACGCGUCGGACUCGGAGAGCCUGUCGAGCACGACGCGCAACGUGCGCCCGCGCAACGCGUUUACAUCCUCCAGCGUGAGCGGGCGGGACGAGGACGAGGACGAACACAGCGAUUAUUAUUAUACGGACGACGACGACGACGACGCGGACGACUCGGACUCGUUCGACCAGGUCACGGAGGCGAACACGGAGCGCAACGCGCUGCUGCAGCCGUCGGAGGGCAUGCUCGGGCUCCUCGCGGCGGGCGCGGACGCGGACGGGGACGGGGACGUCGAUCCCGACGCGGACGUGGCGGAUCCGCUCGGCGAGGGCGUGAACGUCGUUGUGCCGCCGGAGCCGUACUUUCCCAGCACGCUGAACCGCACGAGCAGCGCGGUAAGGCGCGGGUCGAAGGGGGGCGGGCAGCCGAAGAGGAGGAGGAGCAGGCAUCAUGAGACGUUGCCGCUGAAUACGAGUCGGCCGAUUUUCGAGAGGGAUCGGUGUACGAUUACGCUUACGCAGGGUGUGAGAUCUGGGUCUGGAUCUGGGUCCGGGGUGGGGUCGGCGCCGGGGUCGCCGACGACGCCGACGCGCGCGGGGAUGAUGGAGAAUGGGAGUAGUGAGGGGACGGUGGUGCAGAGGCGGGCGAGGCGGUAUGUGGUUGCGAGCGAUCUGAGCGAGGAGAGCCGGUAUGCGGUCGAGUGGGGGAUCGGGACUGUGUUGAGAGAUGGGGACGAGAUGUUGAUUGUGACUGUUGUCGAGAAUGAGAAUAAGAUCGACCCGCCGACUCCUAAUCCCGCCGAGCGGACGAUGAAGCUGAGAUGUCAGCAGGAGCGCCAGGGCCUCGCAUACAUCCUCGUCCGGCAGGCGACGUCGCUCCUGCAGCGCACGAAGCUGAGCGUGACGGUCGCGUGCCAGGCGUGGCACGCCAAGAACGCGCGGCACAUGCUGCUCGACAUUGUCGACUACAACAAUCCAGCGAUGCUCAUCGUCGGCUCGCGCGGGCUGGGGCAGCUCAAGGGAAUCCUGCUCGGCUCGACAUCGCACUACCUCAUCCAGCGCUGCUCGGUGCCCGUGAUGGUCGCGCGCCGACGACUCAAGCGGCCCCCGCGGCGCUCUGCGCAUCUCGCGAAGCACCGUACACAUGUGUCGCUCGCGGAGGCGGGUAUCGACCGUGUUGCUGCGAAGGUGGACCACGAUGUGGCUGUGAUGCGCGACGAGAUGGCAAGGGAGGACGAGAGAAGGGGGGAGCCGGGGGAAGUGCAGGCGGCUGCGAGCCGGGCGAUUAUGGAGGGCGAGGAGGAGGAGGAGGAAGAGGGAAAUGGGGAUGGGGCGGGAGCGGGGAGAGCGGGGAGGCAGAAGGAGGGUGCGGGGGAUGCGGGUGAGGGGGAGGGGUAUUUGGGGACGAAGGUGAGGGGGACGUGAGUGCGUGUUCGUUUGUUGAGCGCCACUUGCUUGAUGAGCGCGAUCUUGGUUUUGGAGCAAUUCCCGGAUCCUUGCUUUCUUUCUCGCUCAUCCCCAUUCCCGUGUUACCGUGUUGUGAUAUCACGCAUCGUAUGUUGCAUGCAUCCCCAUCCCGCCCCUAUCUCGGCUGGUGUGCUCGUUCCCCCACUUUCCCAUCCCCCAUUCCUUCCACUGUUGCUUUCGUCUCGUCGUUUACUCACUAUAAUCACCCCCGCCCCCAGUAUACUCAUUAAACCUCGUGAUAUCUCGUAUCCCCGUAUCUCUCGCUACUACUAGUAUCAGCUACAGCUACCCAUCCACUAUCCCCCCACCCCAACAC